AUGUUCAGUCAUUCAAUUGUGCAUCUCUUACAUGUAAGUAUAAAGACAUGGAAUGUCAACUUAAUUUAUUUGAAGGAUUCUGUAGAUCUCGAUAAAGAAGUGUAUUUGUUUGACCUUGACCAGGUAUGCCCGUGUUACAAUGACAUUUCGGAGAAUGAUGGGAAUUGUUUCAUUCGAAUUGAAACCACCUCUGCCACCCCAGUCACAGUCAUGGCAAUAAAAGACGAAUAUAGAUUUACUAAAAUGGAACUCACUGGAAACUUUGCUUUGAAUCUCAAAGUGCUUGUCAUUUAUUUAACACUCACAUUGAAUGGUGGUGUUGUGACAAUAAAUUCUGAGUAA